UUUGUCGGAUGGAAGCUAACAGGCUAACAGGCUACUUAACGGACACCAUGGAGGUGAGCCGGUCCACACCGGGACAGCGACGCGGUGUCACCGGACCACGAUAACACCUGUCCCCGGCGCCGGCCCUCUCCCCCCCGUCACUCUCAGUCUACUCUGCCCGCUUCGUGCUCAGUUUGUCGGUUAUCUCUGUGACUUUUGCCCUCUUUAUCCCGCCGAGGCUCCGGCUAGCUAGUUAGCCGCCGGCGAGCUAAUUAGCGAAAGCAGCGCCGCUAGCACUAACGGACCGGACCGGACGGACAUGAGCGAUGGCGUCGGUUCGGGUGGCUGUCCGGGUCAGACCCAUGAACAGGCGGGAGAAGGAUUUGACCGCAAAAUGCAUCAUAAAGAUGGAGGGAACCAAAACCUCCAUCACCAACCUCAAGAUCCCUGACGGCAUCGCGGGGGAUUCGAUGAGGGAUCGAACCAAAACGUUUACGUACGACUUCUCCUACGACUCCACGGACUGUAAGAGCUCCGCCUUCGUCUCCCAGGAAAAGGUUUUUAAAGAUCUGGGUUUGGACGUGCUGAAGGCGGCGUUCGAGGGCUACAACGCCUGCGUGUUCGCCUACGGGCAGACCGGCUCGGGGAAGUCCUACACCAUGAUGGGAAACCCAGGAGACGCAGGUCUGAUCCCGAGGUUCUGCGAAGGCCUCUUCAGCCGAAUCUCAGAAGCGACUCGAUGGGAUGAAGCGUCAUUUCGUACAGAAGUCAGAGCGGAGACACGGAGCAGCUUCAGCCUGCUUCAGGAAGAAAGAUAUUGAUGUGUUUGCACAUCCAUCUGCACUUUUUGCA